AUGCUUGGUUUUCGGGCACACUUGUCUACCCAGGAGGUCCUCCUUCAAUUACACCACAACCUCUUGCAUCCAGACAGUGGUUCGAGCACGAAAGCGCUACUGAGUCUGGACUUCCAUAAGGCUUUUGACAUUGUGCUCCACGCGGCCGUGCUCGAGAGCUUAGCCUACUUGCAACCCGGCGAACAAACCUACAAUUAUAUCAGGUCGUUCCUCACAGGCAGGGCGGUCGAGCUCGCGGUCGGGGACCUGCGCUCGCCUCCCACGCGGCUCGGGAACAGAGGCACGCCGCAAGGGGCAGUCCUGUCACCAUUCCUAUUCCACCUCGCAAUGCGCACCCUCCCUCCGAAACUGAGUGAAGUCCCGGGACUCAGACACACGCUAUACGCCGACGACAUCACGCUCCGGACGUGUGAAGGGUCGGACGGCGCAGUUUUAAAAACGUUCCAACAUGCCACCGACCUCGAACACGCCACCGACAUCGUCGUACAACACGUGAAGGCAGCGGGAUUAGAGUGCUCCCAGCACAAGUCGGAGCUCCUCCCGAUCCGACCACCCCACCGAAGCAAGCACAAGUCACCCUCACCUCUCAUCACGAUACGCGUAAACCAGUCGCCAGUCACACACGUCGAGCCCAUACGAGUACUGGGCAUGAUACUGCAGCAGAACCGGCUGGAACAGGCAUCACGAUCGACCGGCUCCUGA